AUGUAAGAAGGUAUUUAUACAGAAACUUUGAAGGAUAAGUUUACUCUUUCUCCAUUUGAAAAGUAUAAUAAAUAUGGAAGAUUUCCUUUUAAGUUUCUAUUAUCUUGUGCUUUAGUUUUUUUAACCACUUUAUAAGUAAUAUUAAUUUCUGAACAUUACACAUACAAUAAUUCAGGACAAAUAACUUAAUUUGGUAUUAUAUAUAUAUAAAUGGAUUAUUAGUGUCAUUGUUUUUGAAUGCAGAUGAACCUAUGAAUAAUAAAAUUACUUUACUUACAAUCGAUGAUUUUUAGGAUUCUUUGAAUAACACACUUAAUAAUCUAGCCAAUAUUGAUGAUAUCACAGUUUAGAAAACUACUAUAUUAGGUGAUACAUUAUUUUAGAUUAAUUAUAACUAUCCUUAUGAAGCAUAUAGAUUUGAUUAUCCUUUUGUAAGAAAUAUUAUUUUAGGUGAACCAUUACUUGAUCCAUUUGAUUUAGAAGAUGAUGAUUAAAUUCGUGAAUUUUGGACUAAUGCUUUUGAAUUAACAUUAACAAUCAAUUAAAUUAAAGUGGAAUCAUAAUAACGAUCUGCUUGUUGGGAUUUAUAAAUUACAUAUUAAUUCAUAAAUUAUGGAUAUAUUGAUGCAACCAUUACAUCUAUAGGUGGAAUUUGUUCAGAAAAUAGAGAUGAUGAGGAUCAUGGAUCUGCCUUUAAUAGUACUGCUUUAAGAAUAGAUAAUUUGUUAUUAUAAUUAUGUAUAAUUGUAUUGGCAUUUGUUGAUAUUUGUUUGGGAGUCAAAUACAUUUAUGAAGUUAUUGAAAUGUAUACAAAUAAUAUAUCAAAAUUAAAGAAAUAAAGAAAAUUCAAAGUUCCAGAAUAUAAAUUAUAUAAGAAUUAGAAUCUAACAACAUUAAAAAUCAUUUUAACUGAAUAAAAGCCUUGGGAAUAAUUAACAAUAAAAGAAAAAUUAUUAUUUUUUGAUUUAUUUUUGCCAAUAAGAAUUUUAGGAAAUAUAUUAUAACUUAUAUCAGCUGGUAUACUACUAUCUGAGACUUUUAUAAGAGUUGAUGGUUUAUCAUAAUAUGAUGAAUUGAUGGCUGGUUUAGGAUGUUUUUUUGCUUGGUUUUCAAUAGUAAAAUACUUAGAUUAUUAUGAAGAAUUACACUUAAUUGCGUCUGUAUUAGAAUCCUCCAUAAUACCAGUAUGUAUGGCCAUUUUGAAUUUCUUACCUGUUUUUUUAGGAUAUGCAUUAUUAGGAAUGUGUUUAUUUAGUGAUUCUCAUUAAUUCGUAAGUUUAUCAUCUUCAAUAAAUGCUUUAUUCUCAUUAAUUUAUGGUGAUUCAAUAUCUGAUGUAGCUAGAGAUAGUUCAAGAGGUGUUAGUUUAGAAUUAUCAUUAAUUUAUAUAGUUUCAUAUAUUUUAUUAUUCUUAUUUGCAGUACAUAAUAUAAUGGUGGCUUUGAUAAAGGAGUAAUUGGAAAUUCGUAAGGAUUUAAUAUUUUAAGAGAAGGAAUUGAUGAAUUAAUUAGAUCUAAGUAAUAAUUAUCAGUAUCAAAUGUAUUUGAAUUAGAAGAUGAAAUAAACAGCAAUAAUGAAUCGAAGUGUAAUGAAAGAUGAUUUUAAUUCAAUAAUGUAAUCAUAAUCAGGAAAUAAUUAAUAAUAAUAGAUGAAUAAGUAGAUAUCUUUGAAAUCAAUAACAAAAUUGGCAAUGUUAUAAAAACAGAAAUCAGAUGAUGUAUCAAAAUAGGAGAUGGAAAAGAAUUGGAAAUAAAUUUGUAAAGAGGAAAUGUAAAAUCAUUAUAUUUAUAAUAUUUUGAUAUCUACAAUAACUGAAACUAAGCAUAUUUUAAGUAAUGUAGAAUUAGAGUUAUGGAAUGAUAUUGAUUCUAGUCCAUUUACUGUGAUUGAUAAAAAAGAGAUAAUAACUUUGUAUUGUUCUUAAUUAAUUAAGAAACAUUAGAAAAUGAGGAGUAUUUUUAAUAAAACAAAGUAAAUAAGCUAAAAUUUGAAAUAAUGA